CAAAGCCCUGGCAUGAUGUGUUUUCAUAGCAGUCACCUGCACCAGGUGAAACGAUACUGGUCCCCGCCCUCAGAGAACACAGAAUGCAAAUGUUCUCGUUGCACAGAUCAGGUUCUGAGUCACCCUGUGAGAGGAGAGACAGCUGAGAGUUCGCUUCUGCUCUGCAACCUACAGUGACUGGAUUAAGCAAGGAAAAGCAGUCCAAAUAAAAUUGAAUGUCCAGCAGCCCACUUUAAAUUUCUGUACAGAGAUGCCAAUAGCAGAACUCCUGGGAGUGCAGUUUGACAUGCAGCUCCUGGGCAAACUAACGCUGUCUGUGGCCACCAUGCUAUGCGUCUCCUUUGUUUUCAAAUUCUACCACACCAGGGCACAAAACAGACGGCGGGGUAGUGGAAGACAUCGCCUGCAAAGGGGCACGCAAGCAACCAAAGGAAGCAACAGCACCUGCAAGACUGAGCAAGAACCAGAGAGUAAAGCUGCCAAGGAGGAGUCUGAGAAGGAGAAUAAUUUUCAACAGUCCUCCAAGAAUCUUUUGCAAGAAACCCUUAAAACUGCCAAUGCUGCAACUGAGAGAAGCCAGCCUUCGGAAACUAUGGACUUGGACAGUUGUGCAAAGGAGGAAACUUCAGGGAACAGCAACAUAACAGAGGAUGUGGACACAGAAGUGGACAAGGAAAAGGAUGUGGGAAAUAAAGCCAAACUGAUGUUGACCUUAGAACCCCCUGCCUCUGAUGUACCUGAAAAAGAUCAAGUCAGUCCAAGUGGACUGCGAUUGCCAUGCCUAGUAAAGAAGCUGGAUGGUGGUACAGGUAUUGGGAGGGAGCUAAGACAGGAUCUUGGUCAUCAAGGCAUGUUCUCCAGUUUUCAGUCAAAGGCAGAAAUCAAAGUAGAGAAUGCAAAACUCAUCUUGGAUGGCUCAAGUAAUCGCAGACCUGGAGUUCAUGGAAAGAUCUAUGAUUACUGUGUAGAGUCUUCCUCUCAUUUCAUCUCAGAUUUAAGCCCUACCCGGUCUGUCAGUCCAGUCUAUGGUCAGAUUGAAGGCAACACUCUGUUUAAAUCCCAAUCUAUGGAUUUGCCUCAUUUCAAGGAGCGCUCACGGACACCAAGUCCACAACCUUCCAGUUUCAUUAUGGGAGAUCUUAAAAUAUAUCCACAAAUUAAUAACGAGCCUCCUGUUAGGUCCAGCAGGCAAGUAAUCAUCCGCCAGGACAGCUAUCUAAGUGCUGCAGACUCCGAGCUUCUGAUUCCCAUUCACACACCGAGGACUUUCACACCUCGUAGCUGUUCUUCACAACCCAAUGACAGGUCUUCAAGCCCGUUAGACACUGAUACAGCAAACAUGGAUAAAACUGAGGAACCACAGGUGGAAGAUGUUGCCAGGGCAAAAUUCUUACAUUUUCCAGAGAACAUGGGAAAUGCAGAACUCGAAAGUCUUACGGGAAAGCUUGAUUUAGGCAACUGCUUGGAGGCUUUAGAGCUUGCUAAAAAACAUGGUCACACUGCCCUUCAGCAGGCUGCUCUCCGUGUCAUGUCUGAUAAUUACCUCCAGGUCCUCAGAGACCCGGCCCUUUUUGGCAGACUAAGAGCAGGGGAGCGUGAGAACAUCCAAACGCAGCGCAUGAAAGGAAGGAAGUGGUUAAUGGUUGCUGAUAUGGAAUCCAAAGACUGGAGCAGACGUCCAUCACAGUCUACAGAUCUGGAUCCAGUUAUGACAUCCAGUAAAAUGUAUUACUAUGAUGAUUAUAAGGACAGUUGGCACCUUCAUAGCCACAUUCCCCAGGAAGUGUUAUCUAAAGGUUGUGCCAUGUGCACCAUGGAUAAUUAUCUGUUUGUCGCAGUGGGCUUUCAAGGGCCUGACCGUGAAGCGACCCCUUCAAAGAAAGUGUACUGUUAUAAUCCAGUAACUUCUAUUUGGAGUGAAAUAAGCCCCAUGAAUGAGGCAAGGCCUCACUGCAAACUUGUGGCUCUGCAGGGCCAUCUUUACGCCAUUGGAGGAGAAUGCCGAUCAACAGUUGAGCGUUACGACCCCAGGACUAACAGAUGGUCCUUUGUCGCACCACUUCCAAACGAGACUUUCGCUGUAGCCCACCGCGCCACGGCUUGCAACGGUGAACUGUUUGUGGCAGGGGGUACAUUGAGAUACACCCUCUUACGCUACAAUCCCAAGACCAACACAUGGCGUGAGAGCAUGAUUGUGGGUAGUAAGGAACGAACCACGGAAAUGGUGGCGGUGAGAAACUUCCUGUAUCGCUUUGAAGUUAGUCCUCUUGGCAUCAGUGUGUAUCGCUACCAUGCAGUGGCUCGGUUGUGGUACGAAUGCUCCUCGAUACGCCUCCCCCAUUGCACCGCCUUUCAGUGCGUGACCAUGGACAACAUUAUCUACUGUGUGAGCCGACAGUUCACUUUGAGGUUUCUUGCAGAUGAGGUAUCUCCGAGCUUUGUCAUUCAGGAUUUAAAAGUGCUCUCGCCAGCGAAAGGCAUUUUGUUUCCUUUUGUCCUUGUGCUGCCCGACAUGACCAGUCUACAAACCCCUGUUUAAGCAAGGUCAAAUCUUUCAAGGAAGAGGCCGUCUGCACCAUCAAGUGGGGGAGAUAUAAAGGACUGUUUGAGUCUCAACAUGUUGGUACAGAACUAAUACCUCAACACAAAAAAGCCAGUGACACAAACGCAGAAAGAUGCAGUUGGAAUCUUCAGAGGGAGAAGGUGAGAUUCAGAUGCAAAACCUACUCAAUGGAAGUGUGUACACAGAUGGCCGAACAUCAAACAUAAGCAUCCGAUUCCUAGUAAUUAAACACUUUGAUUUACCAUAAUUAAACACUUAAUGGGAUGGGAGUUGGGAAA